AUGACUCAUCACGCGGACUACUCAAACUUCGCCAAUACCCUGUCCAAGAAGGAUACUUUGGAACUUGUGGUCGAGUCGUACGCCGCUUUGGCUGACGGCCAAACAAACUGGGUUGCCAAUCUUGCCAACUGCGCUUCUUUGGUGCAUCAUGCGUAUCAUUCCUUGUCUGUUCCUGUUAACUGGGCUGGUUUCUACGUUCUCGACCCCAAGAAGGACAAUCAGCUCAUCUUGGGUCCGUUUAUGGGGAAGGUCGCCUGUCAGGUAAUUCCGUUCGACAAAGGUGUUUGUGGGACCGCUGCUGUCACUACACAAACCCAGCUUGUUUCAGAUGUCGAAAAGUUCCCCGGCCACAUUGCCUGCGACGGUGAGACCCAGUCUGAGAUUGUGUUACCGAUUUUGGACAAGGAAGGGAAGUUGAGAGGGGUAUUAGAUGUCGACUGUUUAGCGUUAAACGGAUUUAACGAGAUGGACCAAAAGAUCUUGGAGUCUUUGUGCAAGCUUAUUGGUGAGACUUGUGAGUGGUAG